AAACAUAGUACUGUGAAGGCUCAUAGAGGACCUGUGGUGCAGAUGGAUCAAAGGAAGAUACUGUUUGACAAUGAAGAUGGAGAAAUUUCUGCCACUAAUGUCAAAGAUGGACAAAACACACCACAUUAUCAUCUUCAGUUCUGUACAUUGGAACCUAACUCUAUGUUCCUUCCUGUGCUUUUACAUGCAGCUAUGGUCUUUUAUGUUUAUACAGGGAGUGGAAAGCUGACAUGGUCAAAUGAAGAUGGUACUGGUACAAUGGAUAUACAUGAAGGAGAUAUAGGUAGUCUUGGAGAAGGAUUUGUUUUCUAUAUACACAGCAACUUGGAAUCACAUAAGAAGAAACGAGGAUAUAUGCAAUGUUUACUAACACUGAUGAGAGCACUUUUGUAAGUGUAUUCUUUUUUU